AUGCAGGACAUCCAGAGCUCGGCACGCAACUGCCUCCGAAAGGGCCAAGGUUACGAAACGUGGUCGCAGCUCCGGGACAACAAGAAGAGCAAGGCCAACCCGUUGAGCCUGCACGGUGCACCCUGGACAAUGGCCGACUUCAAGGCAGAGGUCCAGAAGGCGAAAAUGGUGAAGAGCGCCAUGGAUGCAAGUACGCAGGAGAACGAAAGCUUCGCGAAUAUCCUCAAUCUCGGUGCGAGCCAGGAAAUCCCGCAGGAGGUGCCGGAGGUGGAAACGUCCAUGCCUACGGUGCACAGCCUUGGAUUGAUGGACGAGGAGGACGCCCGUGACCGGCCCGGAAAGAAGGACAACAAGGCUUUGAUUCGCUCCGCCAAGAAGGGCAACAAGGACAGCAAGGCCGUGGCCGACAAGCCGGACACAUCCGCAGCCGCCUCUGGAUUGAGAGACAAGGAGAAGGAGAAGAAGAAAGGCAAGGACAAGGAGAAGGAGGUGGACCCCGUGCCGAAGGAACGAAGGCAGCGCAAGACCGAGGAGAAGAGUUCCAAGGGCGACCAGUCCGCCGCCAUGAUGGAUCCCUCGGACAUCGGCAAGGUGCUCACGGGCGUGAUCAGCAAGCAGACAUUGUAUCACCGAAAGAGAAAAAUCUCCACGUUGCAAGAGAAGAGCCCGGAGGACGCAGGGCCCCAGGAGGAGCUCCACCGGGUUGCCACAUCGGCGCUGAUGCUGACCCCGACCGAGGUCAAGGCCGUGAGCCUCCAGAACAUGAAGGUGCAUUGUGUGACGGUGCACGAGUGGAUGAAAGACCGUCUCUCGGAAGGGCUUCCCGCGCUUGACAUUCCCAAAGAUGUGCAGAUUGGCAUCGUGCAAAAGUUCAGCAAGGAUGCUCCCCUCAGCGGCGAGGCAGCUUCCGCCAAAGAGUUUUGGAACACGAUGUGCCCGCUGGCAGAGCCACCGAGCGAGGGUAUGUCGCCCAAGACCUUCGACCUGCGAGCACCGAGACUUGCGGAAUGCGACGGGGACGACCUGACAAAGGUUCGCUUGUGCGAGAAAGCCGUCCUUGACCGAUUGGUUCGACUCGUGAAGGAGGGUGAAGCGCAGCAGCAGGACUUGGCCGACGCCCUCAUCCGGCAGAUGGAGCAGAGCUUGUCGGCUUCUGUGUUGCCGGAGGAGCAUGCAAGCAAGAAAGCCGUUAAUCGCCUGAUUGUCGGUCUGAAGGCUCUGACGGCCGUGUCAGGCACGAACGUAUGCGUGACGUCCUUGCCUGAUCCCAGCUUUGUGAAGACUUUGACGGCAGAGAAGAACAUGGCCAACCCGCUCGGCGCUUUGUUGGAUCAGUACUGGACCUACGCAUUUGCGGAGCAAUCCUGCAAAGACGAGCUGGAAACCUUCGCGAACAUGUUCAGCAAAGACAACUUGGAUAAGUUGAAGAUCGAGACCGUGCACGAGUUUUUCAGUAAACUCAGGAUCUACCACGAGAGCCUUCGAGCCGGAGCCGUCGAGGAGUUGCAGGUGCUGGCAAUCUCGGCAUUGCAGUCGCUAGCAGAACAGAUGCUGGCGGACAGUGGAAGCCCGGCUACGACGGCCGUGCGCUUGAUGGAGGAAACCUGUUUGCUUGCCAAAUCGAACGUCAGGGACGCCGAAGAGGCUGUGUCCAAGUUGGAGCCUAUUUUGGCGGCUUUGCGACCCAAGCUUCUGGCGGUGGACCAAGAAGCCAAACGGCAAGAUCUGGGGAACGCUGUGACACAGCUUUCCGCUGCUACAUCCAAUUCCGAGAUGCUGGAGAUGCACCCCAAGCUCAAGAAACUUGCCUUGGAAGGCAUCUUGAUUCCAGAGGCGAUGGAUCAGGCUGCCUGGAAGGCAUAUGCCCGGAUCAUGGAUGCUUCGUGGAAAACGGCCGAGACCAAAGAAGGGCUCGAGCUUGGUUCCAUUGGACUUCUGCUUUCCAAACAUGCCCAGGAUGCUGCCUACAUGAAGGCCGUUUCGACCCGUGUGGUGAGCUACGGGUUGCUACUGGGGCAUAUGAAUGCCUGGAUGGCUCUGGCCGACGAUCUUCACGGCAGGAUCGGGCACAAGAACUUCGAGACUCUCGAGCGCAAACUUAUUCAGGGCAUCAAGCGGCUGGCUGGCUGCGUUCCUGGAGAUGUCAAGCAUUCUAAGAUGCCGGAGGAUGCGCAGGUUUUCAACCUGCCGGGUGCAUGUGACAUGCUCUUGGCAAAGUGCAACGGCAUCAUUGAGCAGGUUUCGAGUGUCCAGCUCGACCGAGCCAAAGAUGCCUUGAAGCCCGGUGUGGCCAAGCUGUCCGCAUUGAAGGGCGGGAUCCCCGAUGGCAGAGAUUGGAAGAAGGAAGCGAAGCAGGCAGCAUGUUUGUUGGGUCAU